CAGGUACAGUGAGAUUUAACAACUUUUAAUUUUGAGGUUUCUGUACUUACAUAACUUAUGUUAGCAAUACAUAUUGGAAUAGUAAAUGUCACACUUUCUUUUGCAAAAAUAAAGCUUGUAAAUUCUUUCCCACUUAGGAUCCCUCUUUUUCUUAAAAUUAUCUUCCCUUGAAAUUAUACAACGAUAAACUAAAAAUAUACUUUUAUCCAAUGCAAAACUAUUUCACCCAACUGGAAUGUCUUCUGAAUAUGCUGUUAGCAAGGAAGGGUUACAAACAUUUUUUUUUUUUUUGGUUUUAAAUGAAGUUUGUAUUUUCUGUAUAGCUAAGUUAACUUCUACUUAGUAGGAAAACUGGUGUUCUCAUAGGGCAUGUCUAUCAAAUAUGAUUCCAAAGAUAUCAGAGUAGAGUUUCAGUGUGUUGAUCUAAACUCAUCUCCAAGAAAUCUAUCUUUGUAGCCCAUAUAUUGUAAUAAUUUAAUAAGUGCUUGCAUUAAUUUCCACACGUGUUGAAUUUUGUCAAAGUAAGUCAGUGGAUACAAAGUUUGGAAGAAACCUAUUUUUCUUCCUUCUCACCACAACACCUUGGUCUGCACACCCCAUUAUCUCUCACCUGGAUUGUUGCACUAGCCUCCUAAUGAACUUCUCUCCUUCCUCUCUUUCUCUUCUUAAAUCUUCCUUGCUUUAAAAACAAUUAGAGUAAUGAUUUUAAAACGAAAGUCAUAUCACUUCACAUAUUACUUUGCCAAAGACUUUCCAGUGGCUUCCCGUCUCUGUCAUCAUACCUUGGAGUAUGGCGCCACUCAAUCUGUGCCCCCUCUCUUUACCCUUAUGAAUUCAUUUACUAUAUUCUCUCCCUUAUUUAUCCCCCUUCUCUUUCUUGUUUAACACUCCAGGAACACUCCAGCUUUAGAGAUUUUAUGCUUGUUUUUCUCUCCACAUGGAAUGUUCUUCCCAAGUUAUCUGCAUGGCUUCCUCUUACCACUUCUCUUACCACUCAGUGAUAAAUUGCAACCCCCAACAGUCCCAAUCCUCCUUCCUUGCUUUAUUUCUCUUCAUAGCACUUAGUAUCAUCUAGUACACUGUAUUAUUUGCUUGCUUAUUUUUUAUUUGUUUGUUUGUUUGUCUUUCUCCACUUACUGGACCAGAAAAAAAUACAAGGAGGAAAUUUUGCCUGUUUGGUCCCUGCUGUCUCCACUAAAACCAUGCCUGACACAAAAUAAUUGCUUAAUAAAUAAUUUUUGGUUGAAUGAAUUCUCUUUCAAAAACAAUGCCUUUUUUUUCAUAAAGUAGAAAAGUUUUCCCUAUAUAUCUGACUUAAUAGAAGGGCUGUUUAAUUAGCAAUCAUUUUGCAUGUAAGAGGACUAUGACAGAAUUGAGCUAUUGAUGUUAAUAUUAACUCAAACAAGAAUCUACAGUUUCAGCCGUGCACCUAUGCUAUUAAUCAACACAUUUUUAUUCAGAAUCUAUAUUGUAUGGCACUAUGAAUUAUAUACAGUCCCUACCUUAAAGUGUAUAUUAUUAUAUUAUUACUUUCAAAAGGAGCCAACUGAGGAUUCGAGGAACUAAAUAGAACUUUGAAAGAUGGGUAGAAUUUGGAUUUGGCGGUGAGACAGAGAGAGAACAUCUGACAAGAGGAAUGGCGGAGUGGAGAUGCAGAAGUUAAAAUGGGCCAAAUGCAUUUGGUGGACUGUGGAUAGAUUGCCCUACCUGGAAGGCAGCAUUCACAGUGGAGUUAUUUGAGCAAGGAGUGAAAGGCAGAAGGCAGUACUAUGUAGAAGUCUUUAAGUGUCAGGCUGAGGAAUGUAUUCAAUAGUCUACACCUCAGGUGUCUCAUAAACUGUGUCUACAGUACUCAUGUGUUUCAUACUGGCAUAUAUUUACUCGUGGUAGUUGGUGACAGGUAGCCAUGAGAAGCCAUAGGAAAAGAAGGAUGCACUUUCCCACCAAGCUGGUUUUAAUUCAAACAAUGAAAAUAAAUAAUGAACUGGCAGUAACGUUACAAACCUUUAUAGUAAUUGAAUAUGCAGUAUGCUGAUUUUUUUUUUUUAAUUCUUAAGGAAGUGAGACUUCCAAAGAAUUUUUAGAUUAUUACCUGCUUCUUCAAGGUUUGUUCCCAAACCCUGAGAUCCAAGAUCAUUUUCUCUGCCUUUGCUAUUCUUGAGAGAAAGCAUGUAUUAUAUAAAUAUUAAGGAGGCAUUGCAGAUUGUUGCACAGCAGAGGGGAGAGCCAGCUUUCAAGUAGUGUUCACACCUGAAAUCAAUCCUAGCCUUAAUACUUUCAUUCUGACUUAAUGAUAGCAAACCUUAUUUUAUUCUUCAGUUUUACAAGCUCAAAUUGUGGUUUCAUAAUAAACACCCCAUAUUCUAGAAAGCAAAAACACUCAAGGAAAGGUUCAUUAGAGGCUUCCCUUGAAAGGCUAAUGCCUUUUUGUUCAUUAAAUUUCUUAUCUCCCUUUCAGUGGAAGUAAAUUUGCAUGAUUUUCUUUAUUCUCACCAAAGAAAGAAGGAAAUGGAAGUCAGUUUCUUAGAACAAGCACAAUGGCCUGUUAAUUAAUGUAAGAAAUCUUAUCUCAUAUAUUUACUUAGUAAUUUAGAGAAAAUCAGAAAUUUAAAAAAGAGCUUUUAAUCUCCACAAGACUGAAGUCUGUGAAUUGUCUUGUUAGUAAGUUAAGAAUAUUUACAUCACAAAAUUUUGUGAAGGAAGAAAACUACAACUAAAAUUUAGAACCCUGCAUUGGGUUCCCAUACAGUUGGUGGGGAGGGGUGAUAUUUUUGUGAGUAAAACCUUAUUUAUCCUUCAAAAGCUUCUAACUCACAGAAUCUUAGAAAGCUUUAGAAACAUCCAAUUGAAUCGCCUACACGAUGCAAGAAUCCCCUAAAUUGCUCUUUCAUGUAGUGCUUAUUAAACUUUUGAGUAUGGAACACUUGCUAGUUUUGCAAGCCAUUCAUUCCAUUUGAUUGAACUUUUGUUCCUUACAUUGCCAUAAAAUUUUUUUUUUAAUAAUGUAUGCUCUUUGGUCCUAUUUCUAACUUAUGUAAUUACACAGAAUGUUCUAAACCCUGUUUCCUAUUCCAUAUGCACCCCAUUCAAAUAUGAGAAGACAUCUAUACCAUUCCUACCGAGUCCUUUAUAGGUUAAACAUCUUCUGGUCCUUCAGUAGUCCCACAUAUGACAAAGUUUUUUGGCAUUUCACUGCAUUGAACAUUGCCCUUUGAAUAUACUUGUGCUAAAGCCUGCCUUAAAAAGCAGUCCAAUUUAUAGUGGAACUAUUACUAUAUUUGACCUCUACACACAUUCUUCAUUUCUACAGUCAGAACAAGAAUUUGGAAUGUGGUAGUGUUUUUUUUGGUUUGUUUGCUUUGUUUGUUUCUUGUUAAGUUUCAUAUAUUUUCUUAUAUUUUAAUCCGUGCAUUAAGUUGUUUGUUAUACAUUCCUGUUCUCACAAUGUUUAGGAAUGGUCUGAUACUACUGUUUAUAUAAGGCUUCAGGUAUAGGAUUUACAUAUGUCUUACUGACUUAUAGACGUUGAAAUUCAAUAUGUAAGCCCAAUGAAAAAUAUUAUGUGAUUUUAAUUGUUUUUCAAAAUGUUUGUGCUGUUUCUGCGAUUUUAAAAAAAAGAUUUUAUGCAGGUUAAAUUUUGUUUAUUUAUCUUGGUGUCUUUGCUUUAAAGAUUACUAUCAUUUUGAAUGCCGUCAAUAAAAUUAGUAAUGUGAUUGGUCAUUUUCUCUUUACAGAUUGUUCAGUUCAAGGGAAUAAAGAGCUCAGAAUAACUUUGGUAAAUGGAUUCUAAUAUGGGGAAUAAGAAUAAGCUGAACAUUUGACCUGCUUUGAAGAAACAUACUGUCCAUUUGUCCAAAGUAACUUACAACAGCCAAACCAAUCAAAAUGAAUUCAACAUUACUUUCUCGGGUUGAAAAUCAUUCAAUCCACUAUAAUUUUUCAGGGAAGAGUUCCCAGUUUUUGGCUUUUGAAAAUGAUGAUUGCCAUCUGCCCUUGGCCAUGAUAUUUACAUUAGCUCUUGCUUAUGGAGCUGUGAUAAUUCUUGGGGUCUCUGGAAAUCUGGCCUUGAUUAUAAUCAUUUUGAAACAAAAGGAAAUGAGAAAUGUUACCAACAUCCUGAUUGUGAACCUUUCCUUCUCAGACUUGCUCGUUGCGGUCAUGUGUCUCCCCUUCACUUUUGUCUACACAUUAAUGGACCACUGGGUUUUCGGUGAGGCGAUGUGCAAGCUGAAUCCUUUUGUGCAAUGUGUUUCAAUCACUGUGUCCAUUUUCUCUCUGGUUCUUAUUGCUGUGGAACGACAUCAGCUGAUAAUCAACCCAAGAGGAUGGAGACCAAAUAAUAGACAUGCUUACGUAGGUAUUGCUGUCAUUUGGGUCCUCGCCGUGGCUUCUUCUCUGCCCUUCCUGAUCUAUCAAGUAUUGACUGAUGAGCCAUUCCAAAAUGUAACACUUGAUGCAUUCAAGGACAAGUAUGUGUGCUUUGAUAAAUUCCCCUCGGACUCUCACAGGCUGUCUUACACCACGCUGCUCCUGGUGCUGCAGUAUUUUGGCCCACUCUGUUUUAUAUUUAUUUGCUAUUUCAAGAUAUAUAUACGCUUAAAAAGGAGAAACAACAUGAUGGACAAGAUGAGAGACAGUAAGUACAGGUCCAGUGAAACCAAAAGAAUCAACAUCAUGCUGCUGUCCAUUGUGGUGGCCUUUGCAGUCUGCUGGCUGCCUCUCACCAUCUUCAACACCGUGUUUGAUUGGAAUCACCAGAUCAUUGCUACAUGCAACCAUAAUCUGUUAUUCCUGCUCUGUCACCUCACAGCAAUGAUAUCCACCUGUGUCAACCCUAUAUUUUAUGGAUUCCUGAACAAAAACUUCCAGAGAGACUUGCAGUUCUUCUUUAACUUUUGUGAUUUCCGGUCUCGGGAUGAUGACUACGAGACAAUAGCUAUGUCCACCAUGCACACAGAUGUUUCUAAGACUUCUUUGAAACAAGCAAGCCCAGUCGCAUUUAAAAAAAUCAACAAUGAUGAUAAUGAAAAAAUCUGAAACUGCUUGUAGCCUUGGUCCCAGAUGACAUCUGUUUAAAACAAGCACAACCUGCAGCCUAUUUUCAUUACCUGUUCUCCCAAGGAAUGGAAUUGAAAUCAUUUGGGAAAGACCAAGAUUUUCUUGUCUUGCUUUUUACUGAUUUUGUUGUAGUUGUCAUUAUAUUUGUGGAUUACAUUUGGAACAAAAUGUACAGGCUUUGGAAUCUUCUGGCAAUAGUUUUGGCUAGAUGUCUUUGGAAUGCUUUUUUUGAAUUCAUGCAUAUAAUAUAAAGGUUUCUAUGCCAUCUUUAUUGGAAUGAAAUUUUUUAAAAAUAUUAUAACCUGACUUUAGAAGCAUUAGCCACCAAUACACUCAUAUAUUCUUUCAAUAGGUUGGGCCAUCCUGAUUUAAUGGUAGCCCUCAUUUUAGUCUGUUGCAGAGACAGCAGCAUGCAAAAGCAGCAUUUACAAUGUGGAGCUGAAAGAGAGUCUAUGUCCUACAUACCUGUAGUCUGAAAUCAUUCAGGAAUGAGCUGCAUUGUUUUUUAAAUUUUAAGAGCGGAUUUAAUUUGGUCCUAAUUUAUUACCACUUUUGAUAAGAUAAUAAUGCAUUAAAAAUGCUUCUCAGCUGUGAAUAUCACAGGGAAUUGGGCCACCCACAAGAAUUAAGUGGGAAAGCAGUUCCCAAGCUUCAAAACUAUUUUGGUACCUGACAACCAAAGCAUUUCAGAGUAAUUAGUUUAAUAAGUAAAUUAGUAUUGCUGCAAAUAGUUAAGUAAUAUUCAUUUGAAUUGAUGGUCAAAGUUUUCCAUUUUUCACAGACUAUUAAGUGUUUAUCAAACUUUCCAGCAUAAAUAUACAUGUGAUUCAAAAGACAUUUCUUGCUUGCAAUAUACAGAAACACAAAAGCUAUUUUCCAUACAUCAGUGCCUAUAUGGUAGCUCAUUUCUAACUUUCAAUGUCCAUCUUUCAGAGAAGAUGACAACAAAGGUACAAUUUUAAAAGAAUGUUCACCCAAGCUAGCGGGAUAAAUAGCUAAACACUGAAAACACUUCAUAUAGCCCAUGUUAACUUGUAUAAAUUAAGCGUGCCUUGUGAAGUCUUAUAAAUAAUGCACUAUAUAGAGUAUGGGGAGUUGUGUUGUGUUAAUAUACUUAAUUCUGUGUAUCUUGUAAUCAUAAUUGAGUCUGAGAAUCAUUUGGAAAAAAGAUAAUUUAAACAAUACAUCCCUUCAAUGUAUUAUAUAAAGUAUUAAAAGUAUUUGAUUUCAGAAGGGCAGACAUUUUAUUAAAAUUGUUUUUCCUUUUUCA